UCAGAUGGAGCAAAUCCAUGGGAGCAGCAGGUGAUGCAGACUCGCUGUUGAAGGGCUUUAUAAGUUAUAACUAUAGGUUAUAACCCACUCCCCCUCAUCACUCGUUGGUUUGGAACAGCACUUAAUGUUGCGAGAACACGCAAACUGAGGGGUAGUGUGUAGGUGGCGGUUUGGAAUUGAGCAAAAAUCCAUGGAGUUAAGAAUGCUAGCGGAAGUUAGCUUAGCGCGCUAGCUCCACAUAGACGGUGACGGAACUUGACUACACAGCGUUCAUUGCAGAGACCAAACUGUAUUAUUUGCGGGGGGGGGAACCGUCAAAACACACCUAUCUUAAUGGAGUAUGUGGUGUUUAUUGCUUAAGAAAUAUCUGGAAUAUCUCCCCCACGAAGCUAAGGAUGUUAGCUUUCUAGCUCGAGACGGACGAGAACGUAGCCUAGCAACACAGCUUUCACUGGAGGAAAAGUUGCUGUGAUUUGAUAAAAACAUGUCUAAAGUUGAAACGCUGAGAGCUUUUGUCAACGAGCGGCUCACUGCAGCUGCUGAGGAGAUAUUCGAGCUGUUCGAGAGGACGAUAGCAGAGGAACUGGAGUCAACUUUAAAGGAGAAUCAGCGACAACAGAAGCUACUGGACGCCCUUUUGAAUCCGGAAGUCCGGCUACACAGAACAGAUACCCAGCAGCAGGAGUGUAGCCUCAGUGUUGUAAAGGAGGACCCAGAGCCCCCCCACAUUAAAGAGGAAGAGGAGGAACUCUGGUCCAGUCUGCAGAUAGAGCAGGAGGUGGCUGAUACUUUCACUACUGUGAAGAGUGAAGAAGAGGAUGAAGAGAAGGCUCAGUCCUCCUCACCGCUUCAUGAAAUCAAGACUGAGAAUAACCGAGAGGUAGAGACAACAGAAACCGAUGAAGAGGAGGGUGAAGGAUCAGAUCCAGAUCAUCCUUUACAACCAGCUACUCAAUACACAAGUUCACACUCUGAGUACGAGACUGACGACAGCAGAAAUUGGGAGAAACCCGAUUUAAACCCUCUGCAAGACAAUGAAGUACCCGGAAGUGGCAUUGAGGGUGAUGAUGGGCGUGCUAGAAGCUUUGUGCAUGAGGGGAAUCUGCAGGAACACACUGGAGAGACACUUUAUAGUUGCACCUUCUGUGAUUUCACAUCUGCGAAAAGGUCAGGUUUGACCGAACACCUCAAAGUUCAUAGUGAAGCAAAACCUCAAAGCUGCUCAGUUUGUCAACAAACAUUUAAAAGGAGAGGAGAGUUGGCGUCGCACAUGAGAAUCCACUCAGGGGAGAAACCAUUCAGUUGUCCUGUUUGUGGUAAAGGUUUCGCAUACAAGUCUAUUCUGAAUAGACACUAUACUGUCCACACAGGGGAGAGACGAGUCAGCUGCUCAGUUUGUAGUAAAACAUUCGCAACAGUAGGCAAUCUGAGAACACACCUGGUCCUCCACUCAGGGGAGAAACCAUUCAGUUGUCCUGUUUGUGGUAAAGGUUUCGCAUUCAAGUCUAUUCUGAAUAGACACUAUACUGUCCACACAGGGGAGAGACGAGUCAGCUGCUCAGUUUGUAGUAAAACAUUCGCAACAAGAGGCAAUCUGAGAACACACCUGGUCCUCCACACAGGGGAGAAACCAUUCAAGUGUAAGGUUUGUGGUAAAAGAUUUGCCGACAGGUCCAAUCUGAAAAAACACUCAACUGUCCACGAUGGGGAAAAACCAUUCAGUUGCACGGUUUGUGAUAAAAGUUUCACAUACAAGUCAAUUCUGAAUAAACACGUCCACCUCCACACAGGGGAGAAAGAAUUCAGCUGUUCAGUUUGUAGUAAAACAUUCGCAACACGUGGCAAUCUGGGACAGCACUCAACUGUCCACUCCGGGGAGAAACUGUUCAGUUGUACGCUUUGUAGUAAAUCCUUCACCCACAAAUCAAGUCUGAGAAAACACUUGAUUGUCCACACAGGGGAGAAACCAUUCAGUUGUUCACUUUGUAGUAAAAGCUUCACCCACAAAUCAAGUCUGAGAAAACACUUGAUUGUCCACACGGGGGAGAAACCAUUCAGUUGUUCAGUUUGUGGAAAAGACUUUGCACAAAUGACAAAUCUGACACAACACUCAAUUGUCCACUCCGGCCAGAAACCAUUCAGUUGUACGGUUUGUGGUAAAGGCUUCACCCAAAGGUCCAAUCUGAGACAACACGCAGCUGUCCACACCGAGGAGAAACCAUACAGCUGCUCAGUUUGCAAGACAGGUUUCACUCGGGUGUUCAAUUUAAAUAAACACAAGUGUGCUGGUGAGAAAAGCAAAAAAGAGUGAAGUUGCAGAGAUGUUUUUCAAGUUUUUUUUGCUGCAGAUAUGUUUAAUAGAGUGGUGCAGGAAUGAGUCCUAAAACCCUGAAGUGAGUUAGCAUUUUACCACUUCCUGUUCCCUCGUCUCAGAGCCA